GUUUCAUAUUCCUGAUGUGUAAUAUUUCCUGUUUUCCUUAAUGCUGGGACUCGGUGAGAGAAAUUUGAGUCAUUCAUGAAGGAAGUGCAGCUGUGUGCGAGUUGUUUAGAUCUGUAAGUGCCAUGAGACGCACCCUGGACACACACAAAAGAACCUUUGAGUUUUUCAACAGAGAAGAUGGAGAAUGAGGGAAGCUCCAGCACUCCACCUCCAGCGAAUGUGCACGUAUCUCCUGCAGAUGAGUGUGUCAGCUCUGCGGAGACCCAACAACAGAGUUUAGGUCGGUCAGAUGGGGCUCAGGAUAAGAAUGGCACCCAGAUGCAUGCUGCUCUGCCUGAUGGGCCCUCUGCCACCCUCAGAGGGACACCCACUCCUUCCAGCACUAAACUAUGUGGCUACCUCAACAAGCAGGGUGGACCUCUCAAAGCCUGGAAGUCCCGCUGGUUUGUCUAUGAGGAGAAGAGCUGUCAGCUGUUUUACUACCGCAUGGCACAAGAUAUCAGUCCUCUGGGUAAGGUGGAUCUGUUUUGUGCCACGUUCAGUUAUCCGCUGCAGGGAGAGGAGGGAAGCUUUCAUAUACAGACACCAGAGCGCACUGUCAUUCUCAAGGCAGCUAACAGGGAUGCCCAAAUGUACUGGUUGCAGCAGCUGCAGUUGAAACGUACGUUAUACAGGGAGCAGCAUGCUGAACAUCUCUCCAUACCCAGACCAGACAACCACAAAUUGGAAAGCACCCCAUCAGCAAACAACUGCCGUGCUGACUUCUUGCCCAUGGUGAAGACGCCUUCUGGCCUGGUAGGUGAAGAAGCUGCCAGUCUGCCUGCACCAGGAUUAAACAGCCCUCUCAAUAUGUCAAUCAAACAUCCACUAAUUGAGCUACAGAACACAAUGCACAGUUUCCGUAACCGGCACUCACAGGAAAUUAGACAAAGUGUUUUCCAUAUUGGCGACCCAACUGACACCCAAAAAACAUCCUCAUCUAAGGCAUCCACUUUAGCGGUUCCCACACCCGGUUCUUCUCAAAGCCCAGAAUCCCCUGCUAAUGCCAGGUCUGAGCAUGAUCUCUCCACCAUUUCACCAAACAGAAACAAUAGCAAAGAAAAGUCCAAACCGCUGGAGCUCAAGGACACAUCUCGACUUCAACGUGAAAAACUGGCUGAAGAGGUCAAAGCGCAGAAGGAGUUGGUUUCGCUGUUACAUAAGGUGCUGGAAGCUGCUCAGCUGGAGAAACGCACCUGUGCUCAGUUUCUAGCCGCGGAGGGGGAACAGGAGCGCUUGGAGCUCCUCAGACACGGUGAGCGGCGUGUGGCCGAACUGCGAGACCAUCUGGAGUCCCUGCAGCAAGAGAACGAGAACCUACGGAGGGAUCUGAACCAGAGGGACGCCCAUAUCGCUGAACUCCAGGAGAGUGUCCAGCUCCUGAUACAAAAGAAUCAGGCCAAACAGGAAGUGAUACUGAAGCUGUCUGAGAAGUUAGCAGUCUGUGGAGAAGACAAGCAGUGCUCCAAUGGGCUGCGGUCAGAGGCCUUAAAACAGCUAACAAUCGAGAAUGAGAAUUUGAAAGAUGAUUUGAAGGCAUAUAAAACUCAGAACCAGUACCUAAACUCUGAGAUCUACCAUCUAACGACGCUUUGGAGAAAAAGUUCAGAACGGGAGCAAAGUCUGAUAGUAAAGUGUGCUGUUCUGGAGGCCAAUAGCAGUCAGAUGGAAAGCAGAUACCUGGGAAUCCUCCAGAAACUCCAGGAGAGUAAGGAAUUGAAUCCGGAGCAGGGGGAAGCAGUCAAGAAGGUGGUUAAGGAUGCAGUUCGGGCAGACCUGAGCACUGCUAUCAAACUAAACUCAGUAAGGGAUUACGAUGAAUAUGGAUUUAAGAUUGCAAUGGACUACAAAGUUGAGGACCUGAAGCUGCUUGCUAAGAUCCAGGCCCUGGAGAUCCGAUCCCAAAACCUGCUGAACCAGGAGGAAUGUGAUGGGCCAUUGUUGGCUCGUUGCGCUCAGCUCCUGUUUGGACGCCCUGAAGGAGAACUGUCUUCAUCCACAGAACUGAAGAAUCUACUCCGGAUGGGCUUACCGCGCGAGUACCGUGCGAGGGCUUGGCGUUUUAUGAUACAGACUAGGACCAAGUCUCUAAAAGAGCAUCAUCCUGACCGCUAUCAGGAGCUGUGCGAGAAGAGCAGAACCUCACCUCACCUGGUGCCCAGACAGAUCCAGCUGGACCUGGAUCGUACGCUGACCUCCAAUCAAUACUUUUCCCCUCCUUCAAGCCCCUUGAUUCAUAAGCUGGAGAGAGUUCUGCAGGCAUUCUCAUGGCAAAACCCCACCAUCGGCUACGUCCAGGGACUCAACAGACUGGCAGCCAUUGCUCUGCUGGUACUACAGGAUGAGGAAGAUGCCUUCUGGUGCUUGGUAGUGAUUGUGGACUAUAUCAUGCCUCACAAUUACUACACUAAAGACCUGGUGGGCUGUCAGGCCGACCAGUGUGUACUAAAGGACCUCAUGUCUGAGAAGCUGCCUCGACUCAAGGCCCAUCUGGAAGCGCUAAAAGUAGAUGUGUCCCUCAUCACUGUUGAAUGGUUUCUGGUGUUGUUUGUUGAGAGUCUGCCUACACGCAUACUGUUUAAAGUAUGGGACGCCUUCCUGUAUGAAGGCAUAAAGGUGAUAUUCCGAUAUGCAUUGGCACUUUUCAAAUACAGAGAGGAAGGCAUCUUAAAGAUCAAUGACAGUGUUGAGAUGUACCAGUAUCUCCGCAUCUUCCCCAACACCAUCGUAGAUAGAAGGAAGCUGACAAGCAUUGCCUUCAACGACAUGAACCCACUGCCCAUGAAGCUGCUACAGAACCGGCGCGCCACACAUCUGGAACGCCUCCAUGCUGAGAUUCAAGAGCUGGAGAACUUACGGACAGCAUACAAAGCUGAACACGUCCAGUGCAAAGACAAAGAGCUGGACACCCUGGCUAGUGAAGAUGAAGAGGAGUUUGUCUUCAUAUCGGAGAAAAUCCAUGGUGAAGUCUAUUCGAACAGCUGACACAUCUGAAGAAACAUUGUCCUUUUUUCCCCCCGUUUUAUUACUUUAAAAAACAGGAUACAUAUGAAAUCAUAAAUAUAAAAAUCAAAUAAAUCAACAAAAACUUAGUUCAAUGUUACAAACAACUUUACUGCAGGUAAGAGCUAAUAGCUAAUAUCACACCAGAGGAGUAAACUGAUGUAUUGCCUAUCCAUGACUGUAUCCGAUAACAGAAUCGGCCUAUUCCCCCGUGUGACACAUGUGAACAGAAGCACAGUUUCCCAAAAUGAAGAGGAGAAAUAGACUCACAAUCUCAUCUCAAAAAAAAAUAAAUAAAAAUAAAAACAGUGGCUUGUCGCAUAAUAAAGCUAUUGUUCUAUCAGUGUUAAGUCACAUGUAUUCUAAUGCCAAACAGUUCACGUUCCUACAAAAAUGGCUCAUUGUUUUAAAGAGUUAGAAAAAUCCCAGGUCAGGAGCAUGCAGGUCGUGUGUGAGUGUGCCAUUUUUGUGUGUGUGAGCCAUUUUUGUAGGAACGUAAACUGUUCCUACAAAAAUGGCUUGUGUGUGUGUGUGUGUGUGUAUACAGAUGUUAUGGGUUUACUUGCUUGCCUCUAAGCACAGCUCGUCUGUCUCUUUCUAAUACACACUGACAGGACUAGAUGUCACGGCUGUUACUGAGAUGCUUUCAGUGAUUUAGAGAAAGAAGAAAAAGGCUGUGAACAAAAACAAAAGCGAACCGGUUUUCAGCCAGGUAGCAUAAAAGAGAGUUUGUGUACUCCUUACAUUUCUUUUUGUGCACAUUUGGCAAUAUAAAGAGGCGUUGUGAGCCAAAGCCGCUGUCUGAGGCAGAAAAGAUCCUGUUCCAGUGAUUAUGACACUAGAGUCCAUUUAAAAAAGAAUAAAUAAAAACUUUCUCAGGCAGUAAAUGCCCAUUGUAAGGUCAGUUUUCCGGUCCAAAUCCCUAAGUUCAAUUAUCAAGUCCAAAAAACUGAUCUUAGUUCAGCAUCAAAAGAUGUAUCUCACAAAACCUGUUUGUGCAUAAACAAAUUUUUUUUAGAUUUUUUUUUUUGGUUGCAUUUUUGACAUUGUUGUUAAAAAAGUACAAUUCUCCCAAUCAUCAUUACUGUAUUGUACUGUAUAUGUACUGUGUA